AAGUUGGGAGGACGGGAGGGUGCCCUGUUCCGGGGGAAGGAGCAAGUACCACAGCAGCAAGACUUUUCGCUUCUCUGAUUCAGGAAGGUGCUAGACAAAAACAUGGAAUUCAUUUCCCCAACAGUGGUUAUAAUCUUAGGUUGUGUUGCUCUUUUAUUAUUUCUUCAGUGGAAGAACUUGCGUGGACCCCCGUGCAUAGGGGGCUGGAUUCCUUGGAUUGGAGCUGGAUUUGAGUUUGGAAAAACCCCUCUAGAAUUUAUAGAGAAAGCAAGAACCAAGUGUGGACCGAUAUUUACAGUCGUUGCUUUGGGCACCCGAAUGACCUUUGUUACUGAAGAAGAGGGAAUUAAUGUGUUUCUAAACUCCAAGGAAGUAAAUUUUGAACUAGCAGUGCAAAAUCCCGUCUAUCGUACAGCAUCAGUCCCAAAGAAUAUCUUUUUAAAACUGCAUGAGAAAAUUUAUAUCAUGAUGAAAGGGAAAAUGGGGACUUUCAACCUGUAUCGAUUCACUGGACAAUUGACUGAAGAAUUACACGAACAGCUGGAGAAUUUAGGCCCUCAUGGGACCAUGGACCUUUACAACUUAGUGAGGCAUCUCCUUUACCCGGUCACAGUGAACGUGCUCUUUAAAAAAGGUCUGUUUCCCACAAAUGAGAGGAAAAUCAGGGAGUUCCACCAGCACUUUCAAGCUUAUGAUGAAGGUUUCGAAUAUGGGUCCCAGUUGCCCGAACGUCUCCUCAGAAACUGGUCAAAAUCCAAAAAGUGGCUUCUAGCACUUUUUGAGAAAAACAUUCCAGAUAUAAAAACAUGCAAAUCUGCAAAAGAUAAUUCCCCGACAGUAAUGCAGGCUGUGCUGGAUCUCCUAGAGAUGGAAGCAAAUGAACAAAAGAGUCCCAAUUAUGGGCUCUUACUACUUUGGGCUUCUCUGUCCAAUGCUGUCCCUGUUGCAUUUUGGACAUUUGCAUUUGUCCUCUCUCAUCCCAAUAUCCACAGGACCAUUAUGGAAGGCAUAUCAUCUGUGUUUGGCACAGCAGGUAAAGAUAAGAUUAAAGUAUGUGAGGAUGACUUGAAGAAACUCCCUCUAAUUAAAUGGUGUAUUUUGGAAACCAUUCGUUUAAGAGCCCCUGGUGUCAUUACUAGAAAAGUGCUGAAGCCAGUUAAAAUUUUGAAUUAUACUGUUCCUUCUGGUGACUUGUUGAUGUUGUCUCCAUUUUGGCUACAUAGAAAUCCAAAGUAUUUUCCUGAACCUGACCUCUUCAAGCCUGAACGUUGGAAAAAGGCAAAUUUAGAGAAGCAUGCUUUCUUGGACUGCUUCAUGGCAUUUGGGAGCGGGAAGUACCAGUGUCCUGGAAGGUGGCUGGCUCUGUUGGAGAUUCAAAUAUUUAUUAUUUUCAUAUUGUAUUAUUAUGACUGUAGUCUUCUAGACCCAUUGCCAAGACAGAGUUCUCGCCAUUUGGUGGGUGUCCAGCAGCCGGAAGGACAAUGCCGAAUUCAAUUUAAACAAAGAAAAUGACGUCUGCUGGGCCUAAAGAGGGCCAGGGCCUUCUGGAGGAGUGACUGUCCCCCAUCCUCUAGCCUGGCAGCACCUAGACCUGAGUUUAACUAAAACGUAUCACUUAAUUUUGUUUAAGGAUUUAGUUCAAGACAAUGUCCAGAUGGCAUGUGUGUUUGGUAUCUAAAGAGUAGACCAAGAAGCUGGCAUCACUUUAUACCUAUUGACAUAGAGACCCCAACACAGGUUUAUAGAAAAUGCUUCCAUGACCCAAAAAGAGGCAUUUCUUAAGAAGUUGGAAUUUGGUUUCAUGCAUUACUGUAUCAAAACUUUAAAUAGAAAUAAUGUCACUUGAAGGAAAAUUUUACUAUAUUAAAUUUACUGUGAAGACAACAUACUUAAACUUCUAUUUUGCAAACGCCUAAAAGUCUUAGACUCUAAACAGUAUUAAAUAAUGAUUUCUGGAAAAUUACUGUUUUUCUUAGUAUGAUUCUUAACUAGCAAUUGAAAUUCUUAAACCGCUAUUAAUAUAAUUCUUUAUUAAACAUGUCUAACACUAAACGUAUGAAUAAUAUGAUAGCUUUCUAACACCUGUGAAGGCAGGGAUCAUGUCUGACACUCAUUUCUACACUCAACUAUGCCUAGGACAGCACCUUCUCUA